CCGCGUUGCCGCGGGGUUUGGGGGCGUGUCACCCUGCAGCUCCGCCCCGGGCCGCGCGGGCUCGAGUCACACGGAGGCGGCCACCACGCCGGCGCCUGCGCGAACCCUGCUGCUCCGAAUCGGACCCUGGACCGGAUGGAACCCUGACCCGGCCGAACCCCAAGUCGAGUCGGACCCCGGGCCGAGCCGAACCCCCGGGCCCAUCCAGAUCCCGGGCCGCGUCGAUCUCCGGGCCGAGUCGAACCCGGGUGGGAGCCGGCGGCCGGCAUGGAGGCGGAGUGCCGGGUGCUGUCCAUCCAGAGCCACGUCGUCCGCGGCUACGUGGGCAACAGGGCGGCCGCCUUCCCGCUGCAGGUUUUGGGGUUCGAGAUUGAUGCCGUGAACUCUGUGCAGUUUUCCAACCACACAGGCUACCCGCAUUGGAAGGGGCAGGUGCUCAGCUCCAGUGAGCUGCAGGAGCUCUACGAGGGCCUGAGGCUGAACCAGGUCACCAAGUAUGACUACGUGCUCACGGGCUACACCAGGGACACGUCCUUCCUGGCCAUGGUGGUGGACAUAGUGCGGGAGCUGAGACAGCAGAACCCCCGGCUGGUAUACGUGUGUGACCCGGUGAUGGGGGACAAGUGGAAUGGCGAGGGCUCCAUGUACGUGCCGGAGGACCUGCUUCCUGUCUACAAGGAGAAGGUGGUCCCGGUGGCCGACAUCAUCACCCCCAACCAGUUUGAAGCCGAGUUACUGACCGGCAGGAGGAUCCAGACCCAGGAGGAGGCCUUGGAGGUGAUGGACGAACUGCACGCCAUGGGCCCCGACACCGUGGUCAUCACCAGCUCCGACCUGCCGUCCCCCAGGGGCAGCGACUAUUUGAUCGCUCUGGGCAGCCAGCGGACGCGGGCCCCCGACGGCUCUGUGACCACACAGCGGAUCCGCCUGGACGUGCGUAGAGUGGACGCUGUCUUCGUGGGCACCGGAGACCUCUUUGCCGCCAUGCUGCUGGCGUGGACGCACAAACACCCCAACAACCUCAAGGUGGCCUGUGAGAAGACGCUGUCGGCCAUGCACCACGUGCUGCAGCGGACCAUCCGGUGCGCUCAGGGUAGGCGCGGGGCCAGGUGGGGGAGGGUCUCACUGCCAGUCCUGGUGCAGAGCCCUGGGGGUUUGGGGGGACGGGGAGGGGCCCUCACCCCUCCACAUCUGUCCCCAGCCCAGGCUGGCGAGGGCUGCAGGCCCAGUGCCGCCCAGCUGGAGCUGCGCAUGGUGCAGAGCAAACGUGACAUCGAGAGCCCGGAGCUCGUGGUCCGCGCCACCCUCCUGUGAGCCUGCGUCUGACCUGUGACGUGUCGCCUUAGAGCCGGGACGCAGCGUGACCCUCCUCCCGUCGUCUUCAUCACGAGCCGAGCUGUCCGCAGACCUCACGCUGGGCUCCGACCCUGGGCAGGGGCUGGGGGUAUGAGGGUGGGAGCCUCUGGGGGUCCCCCCACCCCAGGGACCUGACUGUGACGCCCACUGGAGUUUGUGCCAAACGCCCCAGACCGCCAUCCUGACCCCGUCCCCGUGUCCCCACGCCUCCCACGCCUCCCGUCAGGACCCUGCCUUUGCUGCCAAGGCUUGGGGGACAGGGCAGCAGGUCCCCAGGCAUCUGGGGGGGUUCUGACGUCACUGUUUUGCACCUUGGAUGGGACAGGAUGUUCCCUGAUGUGGCUGUCCUCUUUGGGGCACAGGUCAGGAAGCCCCCCGACUCACAGCGCUUCUUGGGUCUUCUGAGCUCAGGGUGGAAAUGUGGCAGGGGACAUCAUGGGAGAUUCCCACAGGGGUUCCUCUGGGAACUCGCCUGCCUUGCGGUGGCAUAAACAGUCCCCUGCCCCUCAGAGCUGGUAGACAGGUGGUGCAGGGUGGGGACGUCUGCCUGAAGCCACUGGGGACCCACCGACUGGCUGGCCUUGGAAGGGCAGACAGCUCCUCUGGGACGAGCCCCAUCCCUGUCCCUUCAACUUCACGGUCCCUUGACGGCAGCCCCCACCUGUAGUGCAGAGCCAGCGUCUGGGACCCCACACCCUGGAGAGACGUGGGGAGGCCGCGGAUGAGGGCGAGGUCCCGGGGAGCCUGGUCCCCCCAGCCCUAGGGCAGGCUCCUGGAGCCAUAGCCGUGUACAGUACCCAGGAAGAUGAGAAUCCCCCCAACCAAGAGAUGGGGUCCCCAGGGGUGCUGGGCCUGGCUGUACUGCCCUUGCAGCUCCUGCCCUGGCCACAGCCUGGCUCAAGCCUGGGCCCCACCGACUCCAGGCUGGCACAGGAGGGAGGCCACGGGGGUGGCGGCCCCUCAGCAUUCAGCUCACUUUCUGGGGGUCCCCAGAAAGUCUGGUCAUUCACUGCCAGGUGUGUCCAGCACCCUUGGGGAAGCUGGCUCUCUCAGCCCGGGGCCGGAGAGCAGCUCAGUGUCCUCCCCUGCGGGAACGUGGGUGCUCGGGGGUGGGUCUGAGUGUGAGUGAGCCCACAGACACCCAGCUCCUGGUUUCUGGGAGCCCUUGGGGGGCUGCUGCUGUCAGUGACCACUUGGUCCAAGGAAAGAGCCCCUCAAUGGUGUGGCGGCCCUGCCCUGGCUUUGGCCCCUCCGUGGGCACGCGGUAGUGGCAGCCGGGAGCUGGGCUGACUUCUCCACAACGUUCCGGCACAGGCUGGGUCCAGGCCGGGAGUCUGGCUUUCCCUUCCCGCUGUGCAGUGACAGGGAGGGUCAACCCUUCAUUCUGAGGCGACAGGCGUGCAGGCCCCGAGGUGGGUGCCCGCUCCCAGGUCUGCUGUCCUCACUCCCUCAGUCCAGUAUCUCGUGCCCUCCUGCCCGGGUAGGACCCAUCCUCGGCACUCGCCUAGUCUGCUACAGUCACAUCCCUGUGCCGCCUUUUGCAAUAUACGUCUGUGAUGGCAGAA